GAUUGGAUUCAUAUCGAUAUUUUCUCGUCUCUCUCUAGGGUUUUGGUGGAGGUUUCAACGGGAGAGAGAUGGAGAAACCCUCGAUCUUCGAUCGUGUCAUCUCUGGCAUUCGAUCCACCAGUAGGUAUUAUACUGGGUAUCCUAAGGAUCUCGGGCCCUCGCAGCUGAUCCAUUUCACUUCUGAGCGUCAAUUUGUUGAGCUUUUGCAUGAAGGUCGCCCUGUUGUAGUUGCUUUCACCAUCAAAUGCCCCUAUACGAAGCAUCUUGAUGGAGUAUUAGAAGAAGCUGCCGGAGAGUUUUAUCCGGAUAUAAAGUUUAUGCGUGUUGAGUGUCCUAGGUAUCCAGGGUUUUGUAUGACACGCCAAAAAAAGGAAUACCCUUUCAUUGAAGUGUUUUAUAAUCCAGAGGCAGCUAAUCCAGGAAAAGUUAUUGACCCCAAUAUUACUAGAUACUCAGUCAAGGUUUUACCUGUAAGUUUUUUCAAGGUUUUCUAUAUUAUAAAAUUUAAAUUUCUUGCCUAAUCCAUUCUGUCAUAUUUUCUUAAUUUGUUAUAACAUUGUUAGGUGAUUUUAAUAAAAUGACUCUUGCUUUUAUUAUUGAGACUGAGUGGUGGAGAUACGUUAGCAGUACAGGUGGUGUUUAAAUACUCAAAAAACUUGUGAAUGCUUGUUUCUUGUUGUUUGUGUGAUACAAAAUUUAUCAACUAUUGUGCAGUAAUUUCAGCAUGGUACUCGAGCAGUUGAGCAAAUUCCAAACUUCUUCCGUAGAAAAAAGAAAAAAAAUCCUCAUCUUGACAAUUGUGUACUACCCAUUGCAUGCUUAUGAAAAAGAGAGGUCACUAACCAACAGCUGCUUAAUUUUAGCUUUGCAUUUUCACAAAGUUGAGAGGUUUUCAUACAGUUGCAAGUAUGACCAUGUCAAAAUUUUGUAUUGCUUUUAGCUG